AUUAAAGAAGCAUAUGGACAAGCAACUAUCUGAAAUGUUUUCAGAGCUUCUCUGGUGUUACAUGCAUAGUAAAUAUUUUCUUUAACUUAGAUGAAAAAUAUGGAUCCCCAUCCAUGUACCUUUGCUCAACUGUCCUCAUACCAGAUCCAGAAUUCACCCUGUUUCUCCAAAAGUCUGACCUGCAUCAACAGCCUCCCUUAUUCUGGGAUUCAAGUUGUGGAGCUCAAGGACAAGUCCAUUCUGGGCUGGCUGUGUCCAAUUUCUUUAGUCCAGCUAUAUCCCCACUGGAAGCCAGGCUCUUGCCAACAGCUCUCACCACAUAUCUCUUUCUAUGUCUGUUAUCUGUCUCUAGGUUCUGGUAACUACUUCCUCCCCUUUCCCCUUCUGACCUAGGGUACCACCAAUCCUUCCUCCCAAUCCAACUGUCAGUAGCCUCAGAGUACUUGUAGCUUCCUCAACUUACCUUCACCUUAAUAAAUAGUCCCCCUACUAUCUCUCUUCAAAGCACCCAA